AUGGCCUACACCACCCGCAAGAUUGCUGCCCAGCACACGCUGGAGCACCGCGUCUACAUUGAGCAGGAUGGCCAGCCCAUCUCGCCCUUCCACGACAUCCCCCUGUACGCCAACGCCGAGAAGACGGUCCUGAACAUGAUUGUCGAGAUCCCGCGCUGGACCAACGCGAAGAUGGAGAUCUCCAAGGAGGAGACGCUCAACCCCAUCAAGCAGGACACCAAGAAGGGCAAGCUCCGCUACGUCCGCAACUGCUUCCCCCACAAGGGCUACCUGUGGAACUACGGCGCCUUCCCCCAGACGUGGGAGGACCCCAACGUCGUGCACCCCGAGACCAAGGCCAAGGGCGACAACGACCCGCUCGACGUCUGCGAGAUUGGCGAGCUUGUCGGCUACACGGGCCAGGUCAAGCAGGUCAAGGUCCUCGGCGUCAUGGCCCUGCUCGACGAGGAGGAGACCGACUGGAAGGUCAUUGUCAUUGACGUCAACGACCCGCUGGCCAAGAGCCUCAACGACAUUGAGGACGUCGAGCGCCACCUGCCCGGUCUGCUGCGCGCCACGAACGAGUGGUUCCGCAUCUACAAGAUCCCCGACGGCAAGCCCGAGAACCAGUUCGCCUUCACCGGCGAGUGCAAGAACAAGGCCUACGCCCACGAGGUCGUCGCCGAGUGCGCCGAUGCCUGGGAGCGCCUCGUCACCGGCAAGACCCCGGCCAACGGCGUCCAGAUCGCCAACCUGACGGUUGCGCAGUCGCCGGCCCGCGUCACCCCCGACCAGCUGCCGGCCAUCCCCGCGCACCAGGAGCUGCCCGCCGAGAAGAUUGACAGCUCGAUAGACAAGUGGUUCUUCAUCAGCGGCGCGUCGGCGUGA